CUAUAAUUUUCUUGACAAAGUGAGGUAUCACUCUGCUGUGAACGCUUGGCUUCUUACUUCACCCAAAGAAUAAAGAUUCUCCACCGUUAAGCUUCUCUCUCAUAAUUCACUGAAGCAGUUCCUCUCUCUCUCCAUCUUUCUCUCUCUACUCAUCCUUCCUCUCUUUCUCUCUCUACUGUUAUUUGGAAGCAGCUAAGCUAUUAGUUAAAGCGCACAACAUAACAAAAGGUUCCUGCAAUCUAAAGAGAUCUGUUUUUAGCUUUUCUGCUUGGCUUUUAAGCCCUUCAACUUUGUUACUUUCUGAGAAUUUCCAUCUGGGGCCUUUGCUUGUAACUUUCCACAGUUGUGAUUUUGCUUUUGUAUCGCUGAUUCACCUUGGUAUCUUCUUAAACUUAUUCUUCACUGUGGACUAGUCUUCUGCUAUGAAAAAUGUUCAGUGUGUGUGCUUGAACAGUUCUUGAGGCUGUGUUUUUUUCAGCUCCCCAGCUUUUGAUUUCCAAGGCUGGUUGGAGAAUAAAUCAACAAACUUGUCAAAGCCCGGAAAUAAAAAAAGCAUCUUUGGGCUUCAACUUCGAUAUACUGUUACAAAAGAGCAUAGAUUUGGUUUUUCUAUAUUGGUCCUGAUUCUGGUUAUCUUGGUCCAGAGUUGAUGGGGGUUGGAAAUUUUAAGGGUUGCUUUGUUCUUAUGCUCUUUGGUGCCCUUUUGGUGGGUUUAGUGGGUGGAAUUGGUGUUAAUUGGGGCACACAAGCAACACACCCUUUGCCACCAUCCACUGUGGUGAAAAUGCUGAAAGACAAUGGUAUUCAGCAAGUUAAGCUUUUUGAUGCUGAUCCUGAUAUUUUAGAUGCUCUAAAAAAGUCUGGGAUUCAGGUGAUGGUGGGUAUCCCAAAUGACAUGCUCUACACACUGGCUAACAGUGUGCAAGCAGCAGAAAAGUGGGUUUCCAAGAAUGUUUCAGCACAUGUCUCAUCCGGUGGAGUAGACAUCAGGUAUGUGGCAGUGGGAAAUGAACCUUUCUUGUCAACUUACAAUGGUACUUUUGAAGCCACAACACUUCCAGCUCUUCAAAACAUCCAAUCAGCUCUUGUAAAAGCUGGUUUAGGCAAUCGGGUUAAAGUCACAGUUCCCUUGAAUGCUGAUGUGUAUCAGAGUGCACAAGUACCAUCGGAUGGCGACUUCAGGCAAAACAUCCAUGAUGUCAUGCUGCAGAUUGUCAAGUUCUUGAGCCAGAAUAAUGCUCCAUUUACAGUGAACAUCUAUCCUUUUAUCAGCCUUUAUGCAGAUCCCAAUUUUCCUGUUGACUAUGCCUUUUUCAAUGGCUUUCAGACUCCUAUAAAUGACAAUGGAAAGAUCUAUGACAAUGUCUUUGAUGCUAACCAUGAUACUCUAGUAUGGGCAUUGCAGAAGAAUGGUUUUGGAAACAUGCCCAUAAUUGUAGGGGAAAUUGGGUGGCCUACAGAUGGAGACAGAAAUGCAAAUCUUCAAUUUGCACAACGUUUCAACCAAGGCUUUAUGUCACGCUACAUUGCCGGAAAGGGGACUCCAAUGAGGCCUGGUCCCAUGGAUGCUUACUUGUUUAGUUUCAUAGAUGAAGAUAACAAAAGCAUUCAGCCGGGUAAUUUCGAACGUCAUUGGGGGUUGUUUUACUAUGAUGGGCAACCAAAAUACCAGCUUAACAUUGGAUCAAGGGCAAAUGGUUUAGUGGGUGCUACUGGGAUAUCAUAUCUUCCCAAAAAGUGGUGUAUUUUGAAGCCCUCAGCAAACCUCAAUGAUGAUCAAGUGGCACCAAGUGUGUCUUAUGCUUGUCAAAAUGCAGAUUGCACCAGUCUUGGUUAUGGUACUUCAUGUGGAAAUUUAGAUGCUCGCGGUAAUAUCUCUUAUGCAUUUAAUAGCUACUUUCAGGUGAAUGACCAGAUGGAUAGUGCUUGCAAAUUCCCUGGCCUUUCUGUGGUCACUGACAAAGAUCCUUCAAAUGGAGAUUGCAAAUUCAAAAUCAUGAUCCAGACAGAUUGUGCUGGCCUUUAUGGGAAUGGGAGAAUUGGGUCUCUUAGUAUACUACUAUUUAUAUUUUUGUUUUUCACUAUUCUGUAACCUGUAACUUUAAAGAUUCUAUCUUUUAAACUUAUUUUUGGAGAAAGUACAGUGUGCAUUUCAUUUUCCUAUUCAACAUGUAGGUUGGAGCCAGUGCAUGUAAAGCUUGUUUAAGACCCCAGAAGCUACUUUGAAGUGUUCAGUUGUUGAUAGCAUUUCCUUAAAAUCUGGAUUCUAGAGUCUAGAUAUCCAUCGUAAACCUAAGAACAAUAUCUAUAUGUUAAUUCAACGAACAAUCAAAUGAAAAAUCAUUACAUGAUCUCGAGCUAUUAGUGUACGCACGGAAUUGGCAAUAUAAAAAAGCUGAGGAACUAUUUGAGU